UUGCAAUGUGGGAUAGAGACGGACCAGGGCCUCUUGAGUUGAUUAACAACGGGACUAUGGCUGCUGAAAGUCCCAUCUGGAGAAAGGUUAACUCCUUCAGCGGCCCGGUUCCACGGUCGCGACACGGGCACCGUGCAGCCGCUAUACGGGAGCUACUCAUAGUCUUCGGGGGAGGGAACGAGGGGAUCGCCGAGGAGCUGCAUGUUUACAAUACCGUUUCGAAGCAGUGGUUCCUGCCUGCAGUGCGAGGAGACAUCCCACCUGGGUGUGCAGCACAUGGCUUUGCCUGCGAAGGGACCAGGAUCCUGGUAUUCGGGGGGAUGGUGGAAUUUGGGAAAUACAGCAACAGUCUUUAUGAGCUACAGGCGAGCCGAUGGCUUUGGAAGAAGCUGAAACCCAAACCCCCGAGGAACGGAGUGCCCCCCUGUCCUCGACUCGGUCACAGCUUCACACUCUUCGGCAACAAAUGCUACCUGUUUGGGGGCCUGGCGAACGACAGCGACGAUCCCAAUAGCAAUGUCCCUAGGUACCUGAAUGACUUUUACGAGCUGGAGCUGCAGGCAGUUUCAGGUGUAAAAGGCUGGAAUAUUCCUGAGAUAAAGGGGACGGCUCCCUCCGCGCGGGAGUCUCACACAGCCAUCAUCUAUAGCAGCAAGGGCUCUUACUCCCCCAAGCUCUACAUCUUUGGGGGCAUGCGGGGGUACAGGCUGGGAGACCUCUGGCAGCUUGACCUAGAAACCAUGACGUGGACACUGCCGGAAACCAAAGGCCCAUCUCCUCUACCCAGGAGUCUCCACUCUGCUAAUGUCAUUGGAAAUAAGAUGUACAUAUUUGGUGGCUGGAUUCCAAUAUUGAUGAAUGAAGACAAAUCAAGUGCCUUUGAUAAUGAGUGGUCCUGCACCAAUUCAAUGUCCUACCUGAACCUAGACACCAUGACGUGGAAUGGCCUGGUGUGGGAGAGGCAGGAGGAUGGGAAGGCGAGCAGCCCACGGCCCCGCGCUGGACACUGUGCCGCUGUCAUUGGCUCCCGCCUCUAUAUCUGGAGUGGGAGGGAUGGCUACAGGAAAGCCUGGAACUAUCAGGUGUGCUGUAAGGACCUCUGGUACAUGGAGACUGAGAAGCCAUCAACUCCAUCGCCAGUGUUUUUAGUAAAAGCUACCCUCAAGUCCCUUCACGUGGCCUGGCACCCACUCCCGGAAGCAGAGUCCUAUCUACUCCAGCUGCAGCCUGAGCCCACAGCACCAGCUUCCUCUACGACCCUUUCCUCUAACCAGCUGUCAUCAGCCAAUCCAACUACCAUGGUGCCAUUAAAAGAGCUGCAACAAGGAGCAGCAGCCACCUUGCUGGAACUAUCAGGUACCACAGGAGCACAAGCAGCUCACAGCACAGGCAGCACUGCCCUCUCUCAGCUGCAGUCAGGAGAAGUGGCUGCACACACCCACCAGAUAACCUCCCAUGUGUUAUCAUAUAUCGAAAGGGAGGACAUUUCACUGAGAAAGCCAGGAUGCAAUGAGUCGGCUACUGAUAAUAGUGUGGACCAAAAUGCAGCCUGUGUAGCUGAAAGUAACCACUGUCCUGCAACAGGGCCACCUAGUGCUACAGCCCUUGUUCUUACAGAGGAGGACCCCAUGACGAACCUUGCCCCACCCAAUCAAAUGACAGAGUCCACUGUUAAAUCAGAGCCCAUGGAAACUGAACUUAGUAAUGAUGCUGCAUCGCUACCUCCGAAGUCUCAAGACCAAGACAAUACUACACCAGCCACUUUGACAACUACCUCAGUAACUUCCACUAAAAGCAACAUUCAAAUGGGAAACACAGAACUGGCAGAUAACCAGUGGUAUGAUGUGGGGAUCUUUAAAACACUUUACUCUGAAGUGACGCACUAUUACCUAUCACAGGUGGACAGUAAAGGGAAUCUGGAGCCUACUAAUUCCCCUGAUUAUGAGGACCUGAAGCAGCAGGCUUUGACCCCCGGUGCUGCAUACCGCUUCAGGGUGGCUGGGAUAAACAGCUGCGGACAGGGCCAGUUUAGUCAAGUCAGUGAAUACAAGACCUGCCAGCCUGGCUUUCCUGGAGCACCGUCGUCUGUCAAGAUAACAAAGGCAGCAGAUUGCAUUCAUAUCACUUGGGAGCCUCCAGCUUCGCCCUCUGGUAAAAUCCUGGAGUAUUCCAUGUACCUGGCAGUGCGGAAAAGCCGUUCAAGCACAGCAGUGAGCUCCAGCCAGCUGGCCUUCAUCAGGAUCUACAGGGGGAGUAAGAUCCACUGCACUGUGACCUCCUCCCAGCUGAGCAACGCGCUCAUUGAUUGCACAUCGAGACCCGCCGUGGUGUUCCGCAUCGCAGCCAAGAACGAGCAGGGCUACGGGCCGGCCACACAGAUCCGGUGGCUACAAGCAAUGGAACCUUGAAGACCAAAACCGAGACAUGAAACAACAAACCGCUUGUAUGCUGUAAAUUAUUUCAGAUACAGUAAAAACAGUUUUGUUUUGUAUGUAAUAUAUACAAUAUAUAUUUUUAUCAACUGUAAACAAUAAUGCUAACAUGUAUUUAUAGCUGGAUCCUUUAGGAAAAAAUGUGUCAUAUUUUUGUAGAAAUGUGCUAAAUGAGUCAUUUUGUGGUUUUAGAAGCUGGUAUAUCUUAGUCGUGGUGGGUAACCCCAGUAUAUACAGAGGAUCCAGGUUGCUGGAGGAUUAUUGUAUGUUUUUGUGAAUGUAAAUCAUAAUUCUGCACAUUGCUGUGUGUAUUUGUCCUUCAAUGUCAAUGUAGCGAGCGAGGGAGGGGGUGUUUUUUCUUAUCCUAAGAACCUGGUUUUCUGUAGUGAGGACUAGAAGAAAAAAAAUCCAUUCUAUUUAUCAGUUUGUACUGUGCAGUCUAUCUUGUAAAAUGUGGUUUGUGUGUACAGUAUAGCACUCACUUCGAUGCCAUGCACAAUAUAGGUUACAACCAGGGGUUAAUUUCUAAACAAAAUGGUACCAGAUCUAAUAAUGAGGAAGAUGGAUACAAUGUAUUUUUGUUUCUAGACUUAAUGUAUUGUCCUUGAUUUACAGUUGCUUCCACAUAUGUUUAAAGUUCUCAUCUGCUUGGGGAUCAGGGUUUUGUGCCUUAUUGUCGGUGUCAGUAGCUGCAUGCUGACCUUUGCCUUGUCAUGUUUUAAUAUAACCUUCAGGUUUGAGCAAUACAUGUGGCUAGGCAAACUGUUUAUCAGUACUUUUAAAGGAGGGAUAUUCUUUCUGGAGUGUCUGAAGUAGCUCAUCAUAAGUGCCAGGGCAGUGCACAGUAAUUGUCUACAUAUCCUCCGUUUUAGUUUGCCACACAGAUACAUAAUCAAGUUUAGGUCUGCUAACAGUCAAAUCUACUGCAGCACAUGUUGCAAUGCAUCUUGGGCUGUUGUCAGGCUUCAUGGAUAAUGUCUUUAUCUGUUCACGUCCCCUGAAUGUUUAUCUUUUAUAACCCAGGUUAGUACAGCUACAGGCAUAGGGAGUUGGUGAUUUCCAUUACAUGAGAUUAGGUGUUAAAACUUCAUGCUGUUACUGGACUCUCGCCAAGAUAAGCACUAACUUAAACAUAGCUUAUUUUACUGUAAACUCAUUUGAUCAGCAUAUUUUGCCUCAGCACACACAAUGGCUGCAAUGCUGGCUCCAGGGAUCAACCACAGUGCGGCCUCCCUAGCACAUCGGCCUAACAACCUUCUGUUCUGAGCUGAGUAGGGUACUUCUCUGGGGUCUUCACGUGGGCACCUUCCAUCCUUGGUGUUUCGUCGACUAGCCCAUGACACCUUAAAGAGGGCUCAACAGUGAUUCUGGCGUCCCAGCAUCACCCCCCUCUGUCCCCCACUCAGCUAAGCCCAGCUUGCUUACCUUCUUUUACAUCAACGGUUUAUUUUAUUUGCACUGUGCUUGAGAUCCCCAAACAGAAUUUUUUCAUCUCAACCAGAGCCAGUCGCUGCUCCUCUCUGCUGCUACAGAUAAGUUCUUCACUAUGCGUCGCAACUCUUGACCACUGAAUCCGAUGUCUCUGAGAAACCGGGUUGUGGAGUGUGCCACAAAUCCUUGACAACCCACCUCCACUGGAUAAACCUGGACUCUUCAUCCUCGCUGUUCCGCUUCAGCAGCUAGUUGAGCAUACCACAGUUUCUUCCUUUCGUACGCCUCGUCCAGUCUGUUCCUCGACACAUUAAUUUAUUUUUCAAUAUUAUUUGUUCUUUGUUUUGAGUUAUUUUGUACAAGAAGCAGUAAAUAUUGAGCAACAAUAUAACAGUACAAGUAAACAAAUGCAGCCUAAAAAGGUUACUUGUACCUGCCAGUGUCCCAUGCUUACGUAUAAUUUCAUACUAAAAUAGUAUUUCUUAAUACAUGUUUAUUACAUUACUUCAUGCCUAGCAUUGCCCAAAGUAUGAUUUUAGUGUGAGGAUACAAACUCUGCCAAUAAAUAGAUGAACCAUAUAAAAAACUAAGUCAGUUAGAGAAACAUCUCUGCUUGUGCCUUCAUAAAUUACUUUACAAUUGUGAUUGUACAUUUUGAAGUUAGAGUACAGUGAUAAAGGCACUAGCUGAAAUGUUUGUCUACUUCACUUACUUUCUUACACGUUUUAGCUUAGAACUAUGAUUGAGCAUUUUGAAGUUAUGGGUAAUUUACGUACUUCAUUGGAAAGUGCUGCAACGUCACUCCGAGCUAAAUAAACGCUUUAUCAGUUAAGCAAGCAAAACCUACAUUUUGAAAAGGGAAUAUUUGUUUUCUUCAUUGUGAUGUUUUUUGUUCUACUGAUGAAAAUGACUACAAUACGGUCAUACAUCUAACAGGGUUUUUAAUGUAAAAACUAUUUUUAAGACACUAAAAGUAGAAGUAAAGCAUAUUCUCGAAAAAUAAAUAAAUUGGGUUUUUCCUUAUAAAAAGUCGUCUGUUCCGUCUUGAUUUGUGAUAUCAAUCAUCACACUAUUAAUCAGUGUACUGUGGACUUCUCAAACUGGUUUCGAUGUGAAAGUUACAUUUAUCAGAGCGUAAUAAAAAAAAAAAAACCUUGUAGAAACGGAG